UUGAGCUUGCGCUUGCCUGCCUCCUCCUCCUCCUGUGGCUUUCGUUCCUGCGCGUGCCCUCCGAUUCCGCCGUUCCCUUGGCGCACCUCCAUGUUCCGGCGCUCCUCCCUGCUCCGUCGGCGAGGAUGAGGGCCGCCCACAGCAGCGUCGACACCGUGAACGCCGCCGCCGCCGCCAUCGUCACCGCCGAGGCCCGCGCGCAACCCGCCGCCGUCCAGAAAAGAAGAUGGGGAAGCUGCUGGAGCCUAUACUGGUGUUUUGGGUAUCAUAGAAAUAGCAAAAGGAUAGGCCAUGCCGUUCUUGUCCCUGAACCGUUGGUCCCCAGUGCUGAAGUACCUGCUGCCGAGAACCUACCACCUUCAACUGCCAUUGUGCUGCCGUUCAUCGCUCCUCCCUCUUCUCCUACAUCUAUUUUACAAUCGGAUCCUCCUUCAGCCUCCCAGUCACCUGCUGGAUUAGUAUCACUAGCUGCCCUAGCUGUCAGCCACUCUCCUUGUGGCCCUCCUCCUAUUUUCUCGGUUGGCCCUUAUGCUUAUGAAACACACUUGGUGUCACCACCUGUAUUUUCUACCUUCACCACAGAACCAUCCACGGCUUCGUUCACUCCUCCUCCUGAAUCACUGCAAGCGACUACACCUUCUUCCCCUGAAGUGCCGUUUGCUCAGUUACUGACUUCUUCGCUGGAACGUGCGCGAAGAAAUAGCGGGCCUAAACAGAAGUUUUCAUUAUCUCAAUGUGAGUUUCAGCCUUACCAAAUAUAUCCAGGAAGCCCGGGUGGCAAAUUUGUAUCCCCAGGUUCUACGGUUUCUAAUUCUGGAACCUCUUCUCCUUUUCCUGGCAAAUACCCAGUUUUUGGGUUUCAUAUUGGAGAAGCUCCUAAACUAUUGGGCUUUGAACACUUCAACACUCGCAAGUGGGGUUCAAGGCUAGGUUCGGGAUCCUUAACACCAGAUGGUGCGGCGCUGGGCUCCAGGCUUGGUUCUGGUGCUUUGACUCCAGAUGGUGCCGGACUAGGUUCCGGACUUGGUUCUGGAUGUUUGACGCCUAAUGGAGUGGGGCCUCCAUCUCGAGAUGGUGAUAUUCUGCUUGAUAAACAGAUGAGCGUUGAGGAUGGAUCUGUACAUGAGGAGCCUGUAGUUCAUCACAGAAUUUCAUUUGAGUUGACUAGUGAGGAUGUGGCCCGUUGUCUUGAAAGUAAAUCAGCUACUUCUAUUGGUCUGGAAUAUUCACAGGAAAUAGUGGCAGGAAGCACCACUGAAGGAGGUAGAAUUCAAAUGGAUGCUGAGAAUAGCUGUGAGAAGUGCAUUAGGGAAAGUGCAGAUGGAAAAGCUGAAAAAGCUCCAGGAGAGACGGGCAGAGGUUUCUGUCAAAAGCAUUGUCUGAACAAACUUGGUUCAGUGAAAGAGUUCAACUUUGAUAAUUCUGACAGAAAUCUCCAUAGGCAUUCUGCUAUCAGCUCCGAAUGGUGGGCCAAUGACAACAUUGCUGUGAAGGAAGCUAAGCUGGAAAGCAGAUGGUCUUUCUUGCCUUUCCUGCAACCAGAAGUUAGCUGACACCCAUUAAGAGUUUUGUCUUCAUAUCAACUCAUGAACUUAAAAGGAAAUACGCUUCUCAUGAGCAGUUCUACAUUCGGCGAAGUAGACAUUCUUUGGCACAUGUGCAUAGCUUGGGAUAUGAUCGAUGAUUAAUCGACCUAUGGUGGGGUCAUCUGUUCAUUGCUCAAAAACAGUGUAGAAUUACUAGGAUCGUUUGUGCAAGCAUGAUACUGUAUUGUCCAUCAGUUUUUUGGGCAGAAAAGUAGGGAUAAUAUGUAUGAGAUACAGACAAUGCUUUUGGGGUCGUUCAUUCUAGACAUGUGCAUUACUAAGGGGAACAUUUCAAGAACGGAUCAAUAAUUCCGUAUCUUUUACUUGGUACGAAAGAUGUAACCUUUUAUUUCUCAUUGAAGGUGGGUACGCUCAACAGUGGAAGGAUCGACCAAUGUCAGUCAGAUAGAUACCCGGUAAGUGCUCGUGAUGCUCUUUGACUCGUUAUCCAUCUGCAACGGUUGCUUCUGUCCUCUUACGUUUGAUAGAGAUUGACAGGACAGAAUAAUUGAUGAUUGACUUGACCAGGUUUUGUUGUUUGGGUGAGCGAGGCCUUUGUUCUGUGAAGUUGCUCAAUGCUGUGAUACUCGGUGGAGUCUCUAGCUGUUUGCUGUCAUGUUGCCUUAUCUUGAAUGCGUGUAUGAUAAAGCCUGUGGCCCCGUGUUAAUAGAUGACAUUUGACCCA